AUGGUGUUAAAUUUGAGGAGCUAUCAGCUUAUUUUGGCCCUCACAUUUGCCAUUGAGGAGAUCAACAGGAACCCUCAUCUUUUACCCAACACAUCUCUAGGAUGUGAUAUUAUGAAUAUUAAAAAGGGUGAGAACGAUAUGCUGGAUGAAGACUGGCUCACAGGAAUGCGUAGACCAAUUCCCAAUUACACAUGUAAACGUAAGAACAAGGUUGUUGCUCUAAUUACAGGAUCAUACUGGAGAACAUCUGCAGUUAUUGGGACACUGCUCCACCUCUACAAAUAUCCACAGGUAUUUUUUGGACUGUUUGACACUAUUCUGAGUGACCGAAGCUAGUUCUCUUCUCUUUACCAGAUAGUUGCAAAGGACACAUCAUUGUCACUUGGCAUUGUCUCUUUGAUGCUUCAUUUUAGGUGGAACUGGGUUGGACUGAUCCUUCUAGAUAAUGAUAAAGGAAUACAGAUUCUCUCAGACUUCAUAAGAGAGAUACACAGGAAUAAGUUGUGUGUAGCUUUUGUAAAGAUAAUGUCAGAAAGUUUUAAUUAUGAGGACUAUGACUAUGGAUCCACAGAAACUCUCAAACUAAUCAUGACAUCAUCUGCAAGUGUUGUUGUUGUUGUUUAUGAUGACACACAAUCUUUACAUGUUUUAAUGCUGAAUUUCAUGCAAUUGAUAAUAACAUGGAAAGUAUGGAUCAUGAAUUCACAAUGGGACAUAAGCAGUAGACUAGAUUAUUUUCUGUUUGAUUCUUUGCAUGGGAGUCUCUAUUUUGCACACCACCAUAAUGAGAUGCCUAGUUUUAGAAAGUAUAUUGAGACAUAUAAUCCUUCAAAAUACCCAGAUGACCAUAUUCUUGUUUUUUUAUGGAAUAAACAUUUCAAUUGCUCCAUUUCUAAACCUGAUUGUAAAAUAUUGGGUAACUGUCUACCCAAUGUUUCCUUGAAAUUAUUACCUGCAAAUACAUGGAUUACGAAAAUACCUGAGGAGGGUUACAAUAUAUAUAAUUCUGUGUAUGCUGUGGCUCACAGUCUCCACAAGAAGACUGUCAAACAAAUACAAUUUCAACCUCAUCAAAAUUGGGAGAAUGUGAACCCAUGGGAGCUCAACAUUUUUCCCAAAAAAAAUGUCCAUUUUAAAAAUAAUGCUGGAGACCAAAUAGUUUUGGAUACACAAAGAAAAUUUGAUGGAGAAUAUGACAUCCUCAAUUUCUGGAAUUUUCCAAAAGGUCUCAGACAAAACAAGAAAGUUGGAUCAUUUUCUCCAAAAGCUCCACAGGGUCAACAACUGGUUUUGUCUGGCUAUAUGAUACAGUGGGCUAUAGGAUUUAUGGAGCUUCCUUGCUCAGUGUGCAGUGAGAGCUGUGUUCUUGGGUUCAGAAAACCCCCCCAGGAGGGAAAGGAGCUUUUCUCUGAUUGCACUCCUUGUGCAGACAAUGAGAUUUCCAAUGAAACAGAUGCUGGUAGUUGUGUGAAAUGUCCAGAAAGUCACUAUGCAAAUGCACAGAGGAAUUAUUGCCUAUGGAAAUCCAUGACUUUCUUGGCCUAUAAAGACACUUUGGGGAUGGCUCUCACUUUCAUGGCCCUGGAUUUCUUUGUACUCACAGCUGGUGUCCUUGGUGUCCUUGGUGUCUUUGUGAAGUAUCACCACACUCCUAUUGUUAAGGCUAAUAAUCGAGCUCUCACUUAUAUCUUGCUCAUCACUCUGGCCUUCUGCUUUCUCUGUCCCCUGCUCUUCACUGGAUAUCCCAACACAGCCACCUAUAUCCUACAACAGAGCACAUUUGGACUUCUGUUCACAGUGGCUCUCUACACAGUCUUGGCAAAAACAAUGACUGUGGUUCUGGCUUUCAAGGUCACUGUUCCAGGGAGAAUGGUUAGGUGGCUAAUGAUAUCAAAAGCCCUGAACUUCAUUAUCCCCAUCCACACAUUCAUCCCUGUGCUCACUGGAAUUUGGCUUAGCACCUCUCCUCCCUUCAUAGACUCAGAUGCUCACUCUGAACAUGGACACAGUAUCAUUUUGUGCAACAAGGGCUCAGUUGUUGCCUUCCACUAUGUCCUGGGAUACCUCUGCUGCUUGGUACUUGGGAGCUACAUUAUGGCCUACCACUCCAUGAAACUGCCUGACACAUUUAAUGAAGCCAAGUUUUUGACAUUUAGCAUGCUGAUGUUCUUCAGUGUGUGGGUCACAUUCCUCCCUGUCUACAAUGGGAAGGUCAUGGUGGUCAUGGAAGCUUUCUCUGUAUUUGUUUCUAGUGCAGCUCUCCUAGGCUGCAUUUUUGUCCCCAAAUGCUACAUUAUUUUGCUAAGACCAGAGAGAAACUCACUUCAUUGCAUCAGACAACAUGCACAUUCUACAGGGAAAGUUCAUCUUUGA